AUGCUCCGCAACACCUCAACCAUGAUCACGCCGCCCGCUUCCCCGCCCACCGCUGCGGCGGCGACGACGACCACGACGCCAGCUUACAAAGCGUACCUCCGCCCCACGUGGUUCAUCCAACGCGACAGCGGCGCCUACGUUCCUGUCAUCCCGGUCGACGAGCUGCCGGCGUCCGUAAAUCUAGCCGAGGCGCCGCGGUGCCUGAAGGACGACGGUGCCCAGGGAAUGAAAUUCCUCGGGAAGCUGCCCUUCAGCGGGCAGACGUACAGUCUUGUCGUGAAGGAGCAGCAGGAGCACAAGGACACCGCCCGGGACAACAGCCACCACCGCUCCAUCCGCUACCCGCUCCAGCACCGCACGUACUCGCAGACGUCGCUGCGGCCGCUGCUUCUCAGCGAGGCCUGCUCCAAGCCUCGAGCUCCGCCUCACCCAGCCACGACCACCAACACCAACGUCGAUGACGCCGCCCCGUCUCGUCGCGACACACCGCCCGACCCUCGCCUCCCUCCCUCCGGCCGCGAACCAGACCCCGCCAAAAAGGAAUACUGCACCUACUGGAUCCGCACCGGCGAGUGCGACUUCACCCAGCAGGGCUGCCUGUUCAAGCACGAGAUGCCGGACCUGCGGACGUUGAGGGAAAAAGUGGGUGUGGGUGCCGUGCCGCAUUGGUGGCAGAUGAGAUGUGCGAUGGCAGAGAGAAAGAAGAGGGUGGGAGAGGAAAAGGAGAAGUGGGUGGGGGAGGUGCCGGGGUGGUUGGUGGACAAGAUGGGCGAGGUGGAAGAAGAGGACAGCAGUGAUGAUGAGAGUGUAGUCGGGAUGGUGAAGAGUCGCGCGACUGUUCCCAACACGGUUGGUACGACGAGGGUGUUCCGCUCACCGGACCAUGCGGUGAGGACGACGAGGAAGGAGGAGGCUGAAGAGGAAGGCGCAAACGCCGCGUCGCACCGCCUUAUAAACGACACCAUACCGUCGUUACCGGCAGACACGGGUCGUCAGAGAUCGCAGCAGCAACAGCGCCGCAGCCAUGCCCUCGUCUCCCGCUUCGACGACACCGCCUCCUCAUCCUCUCCCGUCUCGACACCCCUCCCUACGCCCCCCACCCCCACCACGCCCUCCAUCAGCAAACGCCACCACACCUCCCCCGCCACCCCCCGCCCCCACGCCCGCAGCAUCAGCGACGCCCAAGCCGACAUCGCCCACCGCCUAACAACCACCCACCACCACCAGGUCCACCACCACCGCCACCGCCACAGCACUACCCCAACCAUCCCCGUCCCCACCCCCAGCCCCAGCGCCCGCCCCCGCACCCACACCCACACCCGCCGCCGCGAACCACUUCCCACCACGACGAAGCGCCACACCCCUUCCUCCGCCCUCCCGCAGCUGAAACGCCACUCUUCCCCCCUCACCACAACCACCACCACCACCAGUACUUGCGCCUCCCCGCCGCCGCCGCGUCGCAGCAUCAUCGUCACAUCCGCUUCUCCUCUCCCCGCGGCUACGGGGGGGCGGCAGCAGCUUGUCGGGCUGCGCGCUUCGAGACACGCGGUUGGUGGUGAUGACGAUGACGAUGUGCCGUCGUUUGAGCCGGCGGCGGUGGCGGUGCUGGGUGUUAGGGGGCCGGGGGGAGGAGGUGUUGGGGCUGGUGGUGGUGCUGGGUCUGCUGGGGGUGGGGCGAAGAGGGGGAAGGUGAGGGUGGCGGCUGCUGGGAGUGGUGCGGGGGCGACGAGAGUGCCUGUGCCGAUGAGGGUUGGUGGGGGGAUGGUGGUGGGGUGA